AAACUUUACUCUGAGAUGGCUGAACUGGAUGCUUGGCUAGACGAUCAAGAAGAGCGUCUGGAACAAACGACAUCCAUAACUACUACAAACACCUCGAUUGCUAGUGUUGAAAAAGCUAUGGCCCACCAAGUCGAUAUUGAAAAGGCUCUGGAAGACGCUCGCCAACGAUUUGAAGCAAUCAAACGUCAGACUGUUGUGGAAACACUGAAAUUCGAAAUGCUUAAAUUCAUGACCAAACGAGGUGAGGCCAGCAAUGCUGAAGAUCAGCCCUUCUCCAGUGCUAGAAUCGCCGAGAUUCAACGACGAGAAACUUCGAAGCUCAAUCGUAAUCGAUCUAAACGAGUAACACCCACCGAAAAUGCAGCUGACCAGAAAGCCCAGGAGAAUCUUCGAGCAAUAUUUGGUAACCUAGGUACAAUUGAACCGAUAACUGAGCCUGUUCAAAAACUCGCCGUGCCAACAACACUUGAAAUUCCUCCUGCCGUUAGUCACAAUGACUCCUUUGGUAUGACCAAUGCUCAGUUUGUACGCCCAGUGAGCACCUCCAGUGACAUUGACUCACCGGUAAAUGAGAUGCCGCAGACAUCACCCAAGAAACGUAUCAGUUUUAACCUCAGUUCACAGGGUCAAAAAAGCAAUUCAAAGUUUAUGGAGCUCUUUAAACGAACCAGUUCUCCCCAUCCCUCUGACACGCGCAAAAGCUUCUCGACAUUGACAGUGACUUCUAGUGGUGAUGCGCCUACGGAAUCACCUAACCGUUUGAGUGUUGGUGAACGAGCUGCUAAGUUCUUCUCAAAGAUGAGGAAGCAUUCAGGAGAGGUUGGUGGUUCUCAGUCCUCCUUGGUUUCACUUUCCAUUCCUGAAACGCCAUCAACCCCUAAAGCCGAACAAGUUAGGAUUUUGCCACCUCUCUCGCCUUCCUCGUCAUCAACUGCUUCCAGAUAUGAAAAUAGACCAACUUCUUUGAAUACUUACUUGCGUGAUGGUAAUCAGAGCACGAAAAAUACAAACUUCGCGACCAGAGAUCGGCUUCCAAAAUCCCCAGACGGUUGGAGUCCAAGUGGUCGUGCUUCCGUGAAUAACAACAGCUUCACAUUAAAAAGCGGAAGUACUUCAGGUGUUAAUAAAUCCAAUGAGGAGAGUAAAAAUCCGACUCACAUGGGUUCUCUUGCUCGAAAAAUAGUGACUGCACCCAAAUCUUAUCACGGGGUGACGAAGAAGUGGAUUCCUCAAACCACCAGAUCUGUGUCUUCCUACGGCUGGGCAGUUCUUGAGGGCUCUCGACUGAAUUUUUACUCCAACUGUGGAGGUAAUAUUUAA